AUGUCAGAAAAAGACUUCAGCCAAAUACAACCCGCAGAUGAGGGCUUUUCACUUGAGCAAAUCGACCCAGACGGGAAUGUCAUUCUUCUUGUUGAAGGUCGGAGUACAGCCCGGUUUCUUGUAUCAUCCAAGAUUCUUAGCAUGGCCUCGCCAAUGUUUGCAAAGUUAUUUGAUUCCAAUUUUUCUGAGGGCAUUCAGGUGGCAUCCUCUAGUUGCCCGACAAUAUCCCUUUAUGAAGAUGACAUAGUAGCAAUGAGGACCAUCCUUAGAAUCCUUCAUUACCAGGGGCCAAGGCAGGACAGUCCUAUAACUGCAGAGGCGUUCGCAAUUCUCGCUAUUCAUUGCAAUAAAUAUGACUGUAUCAGGGCUAUCUUUCCUUGGACUUUCAAAUGGUUUAACGACCUUGAAUCUAUUAAGACUACAGAGCAAUAUGGCUACCUUCUUCUUGCUGCGCAUUUCUUUCGCUCUGCAGAGCAGUUCCGCAAAAUAUCGGCGAGGGCUCAGGUACAGCUUUCAUCUAGUUUCUGUGUUAAGUGGGAGACGCUGGAGAUUAUGGACCUUUUGCCUGAUGCUAUGAAAAACAAAUUGAUGGAUCGAAUCGAGAAGCUACUGAGCAAAAUACACACAGAACUGCAGGCUGUGGAGGUUUUGCUAAGAAAGAGUCAAAAAUACUACAUAAUGGACGGCAUGGUAUGCGCGAAUUGCGCGAGAACUCACCCAGUUGGAGCACGCAAGUGCCAUCCCUGCAAGAACAGCGACCUAAUUACCAAGUACUGCAGUAGUGAUAGUCGGAUAGCAGAGUAUUUCGCAACUUUGGGUAAAGCAAAUCUCUGGCCAUCCGUUGAGCCCUUCCAAUCAUGUUCUGCAACUGAAAUUGCAUUGCGUAUAUCGCAAUCAGCACAAAUCCUCAGGCACAGUUGUCAGGCACCAGAGUGCCCUCUCCAGUCAGAAUUGGAUAUGCUAGUCAGGAAGAUUAAUGGGGCCAUUGGCAGUGUCAAAGGACUUGGCCUGUACCCUCUUCAUUAG